AAGCCAGCACCAGAAUGAUGAGGGAACGGAGAUAACAGUUGGGAGUUGUAGCGCUGUGAAUGCAGCAGCAUUUGUCUUUAAUCACAAAGUUAUUGGGUGUUCUGAUAGGAAUUGCCUUGUCGUUGUUUGCAUUUCAACCUGGAAUAUUUAAUCCCCGGAAUCAGAUUAUCCUGGAGUUGUGACAAAUCUAACUUUCCUCGACUUCUCUAACCACGGACACCACACCAUACGGCUAUUGCGCGUUCUAUUUCGGAGGGAAGAGUUUUUGUGAUUUUGUGUUUUCUUCUCUAUAUUUUUUCAAGUUAUAUCUUGCAUUUUUGCCAAAUGUGUGCAUCUAUGUGAACUUGUUCUAAAAGGAACUCUGUGCUUAGUAAAAUUAACUCAAUCUAAACUGGCCGUCAACGCAUGUCAGUGGACUUAUUGAAGACAGCCUACUUAACGUGCUGUUAUCCAGGUCAAUAUUUCCAAAAGUGAAACAUUAGAAUUUUGCGUAUCUGACAUCGCUUACGAAGGAGAGGAGUGGAAAAGCAAGGCAGAGUUGCCGGAGAACGUCUGGGAACAUUCAGCAGUGGCUCUACCGGGAGAAGAUGUUCUCUGUGCGGAUACAGCGCUGCUCGGGUCCCAUUCGUCUGCUGGUCCUUAUCGUAAUAUGUGGAACUCUGAUUUCCGACACAGAGAGCAGUGACUACAGCGAGGUUCUCCCAGACUCUUUUCCCUCGGCCCCAGCGGAACCACUGCCAGAGUUCCAGGUGGAACCGGAGGACGCAUUCAUCGUGAAGAACCGGCCAGUGAAGCUGUCCUGCAAGGCGGCUCCCGCCACUCAGAUCUACUUCAAGUGCAAUGGCGAGUGGGUCAACCAGAAUGACCACGUCACCAAGGAAAGCCUGGACCAGAUGACUGGCCUGGUGAUGCGCGAGGUGGAUAUCUCAGUGUCGAGGACCCAGGUGGAGGAGCUGUUUGGCCUGGAGGACUACUGGUGCCAGUGUGUGGCCUGGAGCUCCGCAGGCACCACCAAGAGCCGCCGCGCCUACGUCCGCAUCUCAUACCUGCGUAAGAAUUUUGAGCAGGAGCCUUUGGGCCGAGAGGUGCGCUUAGACCAGGAGGUGCUCCUGCAGUGUCGCCCCCCAGAGGGCAUUCCCCCUGCCGAGGUGGACUGGUUGAAGAAUGAGGAACUGAUUGACCCGUCGCAGGACUCAAACUUCCUGAUGACCGUUGACCAUGACCUCAUCAUCAAGCAAGCGCGCCUCUCUGACACAGCCAACUACACCUGUGUGGCACGGAAUGUGGUUGCUAAGCGACGCAGCAGCACUGCCACCCUCAUUGUUUACGUGAGUGGCGGCUGGUCCUCCUGGACCGAGUGGUCAGAGUGUAACGCCAAGUGCGGACGUGGCUGGCAGAGACGGACACGCAGCUGCACCAAUCCGGCGCCGCUCAACGGAGGGGCCUUCUGCGAGGGCCCACCCUUCCAACGAGUCACCUGCACCACUCUCUGUCCAGUGGACGGAGGCUGGACGGAGUGGUCAAAGUGGUCAGCAUGCGGCACAGAGUGUACCCACUGGCGCAGCCGUGAGUGCCAGGCGCCGGCGCCUCGUAACGGUGGACGUCACUGUGUGGGCAGCAUGAUGGAGAGCAAGAACUGCACCGAGGGGCUGUGUGUGCGGAAUAAAAAGGUUUCUAUUGAACAUGCCAGCCAUCCUCUAGGCGCCGGCUCCAGCGUGGCGGUGUAUGCAGGCCUGGUGGGAGCGCUGCUGCUGUGCGUGCUGCUGGUGCUGUGUGUAGGCGUGCUGGCAUACCGCCGCCACUGCCGCCAUCUCCACGUCGACAUCACCGACUCCUCGUCCGCCCUCACCGCUGCCUUCCACCCCGGCAACUACAAGCCUCCUCGUCAAGACAACCCUCACCUACUGCACCCCUCCAUGCCCCCAGACCUGACAGCCACGGCGGGCACCAUCCGCGGGCCCCUCUACUCGCUGCAGCAGAGCACCCUGGACUCACCCCACAAGAUCCCCAUGACCACCUCUCCACUGCUGGACCCCAUGCCCACGCUCAAGAUCAAGCUGUACAACUCGUCCACCAUGUCCUCGCUGGAGCUGCCCUCGUCAGGAGGCGGCGGUAGCGACGGCGAGAUCAUGAGCCUGAAGAUGGUGGGCACCAUGGGGGGCAUGCGCGGUGGCGGAGAUCACUACGGGCACACGCUGCCCCGCGAGCCGGGACACAGCGCCAGCGCCACGCUCGGCUGCCUGGGCGGACGCCUCACCAUCCCCAACACAGGAGUGAGUCUCCUGGUCCCACCUGGGACCAUCCCGCAGGGCAAGUUCUACGAGAUGUACCUGAUCAUCAACAAAUGGGAGAAAACUACGCUGCCGUCGGAGGGCAGUCAGACGGUGCUGAGCCCCGUGGUGAGCUGCGGCCCGUCGGGCAUGGUGCUGGGCCGGCCCGUGGUGCUCACGCUGCCCCACUGCGCCCUGCUGGACUCACCCGACUGGAGCCUCACCCUCAAGAGCCAGAGCCACCAGGGAGCAUGGGAGGAGGUGCUAACGGUGGGCGAGGAGAGCCUGUCGACGCCCUGCUACCUGCAGCUGGAGGAGCAGAGCUGCCACGUGCUGAUGGAGCAACUGGGCACCUACGGCCUGGUGGGCCAGUCGGCUCCCCCGCACCCUGCCUGCAAGAGGCUGCAGCUAGCCCUGUUCGCCCCGCGUGCCCCCUGCCUCUCCCUGGACUACAGCCUGAGGGUCUACUGCAUACAGGACACGCCGCACGCCCUCAAGGAGGUUCUAGAGGUCGAGCGUAGCCUAGGUGGGGUUCUGCUGGAGGAUCCCAAGCCCCUCCUGUUCAAGGACAGCUACCACAACCUCCGUCUGUCCAUCCAUGACAUCCCACACUCCCACUGGAGAAGCAAGCUGCUCGCCAAGUAUCAGGAGAUCCCCUUCUAUCACAUCUGGAGUGGCAGCCAGAGGCCGCUGCACUGCACCUUCAGUCUGGAGCGUGGCAGUCUGGCCGUCUCGCAGCUCACCUGCAAGAUCUGCGUGCGACAGGUGGAGGGCGAGGGACAGAUAUUCCAGCUGCACACUGACAUUCAGGAGACGCUGCCACCCCAUUCGCCGCUGCCCUCGGGCAGCACCUGCCUGCCCUCCUCUCAGGUGGGCUCAUAUGCCUUCCGCCUGCCUGCCUCCAUCCGCCAGAAGAUCUGUGCCAGCCUCGAUGCCCCCAGCGCACGUGGCUGUGACUGGAGACUGCUAGCGCACAGCCUUGGCUUUGACAGGUACCUGAACUACUUUGCAACAAAACCCAGCCCCACAGGUGUGCUCCUCGACCUGUGGGAAGCCUGUCACCAAGGUGACGCAGACCUGGUUUCCCUGGCGACUGCUCUGGAAGACAUGGGCAAAAGCGAGGUCUUGGUUGUCAUGACAACGGAUGGGGACUGCUGAUUUGCCAAUACCGCGGGGUGUAUGUGUGUGUUUGGGAAAGGAGGGAGGAGCAAAACAAAAUAAGCAGGAUUGAAAAAAAAGAAAGAAAAUUGUCACCUUAAAGAGACUUGCCGUUUACUUGCCUGGGUCCCGUCACAGAGGGAGGGAGCAUCUCCUGUGGGCAGACCCCCCUCCUAUCAUUAUCCUUUGGGGGUUAACCUCCUCCCUGACCCAUGUCUUGGAUGUCAACAUGAUGCCUAGUGCACGCUCCAUUGCAUCAGACACACUGUCUAGGCUGCUGUUGGUUAUUGCUGUUUUAUGCUGGGAAUCCCAGAGCUUGGUGCCAAGAGCCGAGAAGGGCUUUGGCACUGUAAAGAAAUACACUGAUGUUCAUCCUACUGUGUGGGCUAUGGUCUGAUGUGCUGUAACAGAGAGAAGCAGGACGUUAUUGAGAGAAGCUGAAGCAUACACACAUGCAACACCGAUACACUCAUAUACACAAACAUACAUGCAAACAAAUAUAUCAUUUCACUGAGUUGAGCAGUUCUAUCUUUGUGUCUCCCAGUCUUCUCCUCUGUCAGACUCUUUUCUUGCAUUGUCUCUCUCUCUCUCUCUCUCUCUUUCUUUCCCUCUCUGUCUCUCUCUCAGUGUGAAAAUGUAUGAUUCGACAGCAUCUCACUUCAUCUCCUGAUAGGGGAUUUGUUUCCUAGUGACCAAUCCAUGUUUCAAAGACACCGUCGUCACACACAUAGUCCAGUGACUGACCAGCAGUGGAAACACGUCUAAACCUCCCUCAGGAUACACACUUUAGUGUGUGUGCACACACACAUAAACAGAGACACAUACAUGCAUACACACACACUAUACACUCACUUACAUGCAUGCACACACAAACAGGCAAGACAGGUAACUUAGAUGAACUAGUGGCAAGUUCAAUAUGAAUCCAUUUAGCCAACAGGACUGCAUGGAUGACAUGAUUUACCUGUCACUAUACAUAUCAGAAACAUAUCAGGCUUACACUAACCUCUCUUCAUUUGAAACCCAUUUGAUUUUUACUGACGAUCUGCAAUGAUGACUCAAUUCUGUUUGCCACCCUCCCCCAUCUGCUUUCUGAAAAUGAUUUCUUUAAUCAGUGUAGUACAACGCAGGAGAGCUUUCUGGUAAACUCAUGCUAUAUAAGUUUCCUAUAGGGAACGCACUCUUUUUUUAAGUUAUUAUCCAUAUUUGUGGAUGGGUUUUUGUUUUGAACUCUGUUUCUCAUGUUGUACUUGCUGUUAUGGCCAUGGCAUUUUUCAUUCCUGAGAUUCAUUUCCAACCUUGUUGUAUUACACCUCCUGCUUGAAAGGCAAGACACUGAAGGCAGAGACAAGCAUUUGUGGUAAAAAAAAAAAACUGUGGAUACAGAAAAAACAUAUAUAAUUAGAUGGUCUUGCUACUUUGAGAACUAUGUAUGUAAUUUCAGAUAUAAAUCGUUUUUUCUUGUGACUCGAAGACUAUUUUAGUUGUGGCAAGAUACAUCCAUGUUAAAUUACCGAUUACCGAUAUUGUUUUGGUUCCUGUCAUAUAUUUUAUUUUCUGACCCAUGAAGCCAAACAAUGUGGUUACUGCUCAAAAACACUUCAGAAGUUCCCAGAUGUUUCCUGCCGCCAGGGUGGUGACAGGUCAUCCUCGACUAGCCUUGAAUUGAUAUGUCUCCAUUUCCUCGUUUCCAUUGUUUAUAUCGAUGUCCUUAUUGUUGCUAAUGAUGAUGGACUGAUAUUUCAAGCUGCAAUGAGGUUUCAGGGUCUUUUUUGUUAUCAAUCAUUCAUGUUGUUGUGGUCUGUGAGCAAGUUCAAAUGCUGUCUAUUUUUUACUUUUUAUUAAGAUGUCUUAAGAUCUUUACAAGCAAAAAGUGUUUCUUUCUCUGAAUCCACAGAAACCAAAAUACAAGCAGUAUCUCUACACUUUUCUUAAGCAGACUGUGUGCGUGUGUGUAUGUGCGUGUGUAGGGUGUACACACAGCUUACAUAUCACCUCUCUUUGUGAGUACUAUGCAAGUACAUAAGGAAUUGUUUGUGCUUCCCCUGCUUUGGUUCAUGUUGUGUGAAAUCUGUGGAUAUGUCUUUGUUCCCUGUAUGGCGUGCUAAAGGAUGUAUAUUCUUGCCAGAAAUCAGUGCUUUUAUGGAGAGAUGGAGUAAGCGAUCAAGCACAACGCUCCCAUAUAAUCCUUUCAAGACAAAAUGGAGACCGUCCUUCAGUAUGUG